AUGAGUGGACGUCUGCCAUCGUUGAAGGAUUCUUCUGGAGGAAAGGCAUCUUUGAAGUUCAAGCCCAAAAUGGUGGCUAGAAGAUCGAAAGAAGAGAGAGAUGCAUCGGUGCCCAAAGUUAAGGUUGAGGAGGUUGGCAAACCUAGAAAUGAUAAGGCCAAGACAACAAGAAGACCUAACAAUCAGCAGCAGAAGCGUGUUCCAAGAUACUUGCAGAAUACGCAUGUGGUCUCAUCAGGGCCUUUAGCAGCAGGCAACUUUGUGGAAUCAAGCAGAAGUGAUAUGAGACGCGGGUUCGUUAAAAUGGAUGGAAGUGGGAGUUCACUGGUUCAGAAAGGGUUGCAAACCAUUGAAAAUGAUGCAGGUGAGUCAGAAGAUGAAGAUGAUGAUAAGGAAAGCAAGAACAAGUCUAAGUUUAAUAUGGGGAGGGAGUAUUCAGUCCAUGAACAUGCAGAGGAUGAACCUUCUGAUGUGAGUGAUGCUGAGCUGGACGAACAAGAAGUACAAGCCAGAAUGAUCGAACAGAUGUUCCCAGUGAGGCCUGUGCGAAUUAGACACGAGGAUGUCGAAGCAGUGAAGAAAGAAAUUCAGGAUUCAUUGACUGAGACUUCGACUCGUGAACCAACUCCAAGUGUUCCAUCUUUGGAGAAGAUAAAGGUUGAAGAUGAUUCUAUGAAUUUAAAUAAUACAUUAAGAGAUAAGGAGGAAGAGUUGAAAGAAAAACUGAAUAAGUUAAAUAUCACAUCUGUUGACGAGGAAGAAGUUGCAGCUGAGGCAGCUCAAUUAAUAAGUGAUUAUAAGCAUAUAGUGCAAAAACUUGAAAAAAUAAACAAUAAACCAGAAAAAUUCGUCAUGUUCCAAUUUCCAUAUAGGUUGCCUCAAUUUGAAGAUCUAACACUGAAAAAGGAAGACAAAACUGGCGAAGAACUACCUGCUGCUGGUGAUAAAGGAAAGAAAGACGAUGCAGCCAAGUUCAAGAAAAGGGAGGCUAAGACUGAUGUCAAAGCCACCACUAUCGAAAGUAAAAGUAUUCCACAAAGUGAGCUCACAGGUAAUAUUGGUUCUAUCAGAGUACAUAAAUCAGGUAAGCUAUCAAUAAAGAUAGGUGAUGCCGUAAUGGACAUCAGCAGAGGGUCAGAAACCACUUUCCUACAAGAUGUAAUAGCACUCGACGAAAAUGAAGAACAUCCGGGUGUCGAAUUGAUGGGUAGAAUUAGUGGUAAAUUCGUGGUCACCCCAAAAAUUUAA